AUGAAGUUCUCCCUCGUCUUCCUCACCUUCCUCGCGACUGUCUCUGCCGCCCCGAUCCCCUGGACCAAAGUCAAUCCCGAGGGAUACGACCUCACGCCCCUCGACGUGCCUGGAACCGUCGACGACGGCGUGUCGCCUCCCGGUGAGGCUCCCGUCGCCAUCGGCGGGGACGCGAAUGUGAAAGCGAGCGUGAACACGAACACAGCCGCGAGCCCCUGCGGCCAUUGA